AUGUCUCUCUCCCUUCCCUCUUCCCUCUAUCUCCUUCCACUCACCAAACCUCUCCAGCAAUCCUCCUCCAUCUGUACUUCUCCAUCUCUUCCUAUCACCAAUAGCUACAGAAUCAACCUGAAGGCUCUGCCUGAGAGGAGAAGAAGACUGAAACAGUGCCAGGUUGCCACCGUGGACGGCAUAGCAGAAGAUGUGCAAGAUGUGUUGCUUCCCAGAGAAGCGGAGGAGGUUAAGGAAGUUGAAGAGAGUUAUGACUGGAGGGAGGAGUGGUAUCCAUUGUACUUAACGGCAGAAGUCCCGGAAGAUGCUCCUUUGGGCCUUACCGUCUUCCACAAACAGCUUGUUCUCUAUCGAGACUUCAAUGGUGUUCUCCGAUGCCAUGAAGACCGAUGCCCCCACAGACUAGCUAAGCUUUCUGAAGGCCAGCUCGUGGACGGGCGGAUCGAAUGCCUCUACCAUGGCUGGCAAUUUGAAGGUGAUGGAAAAUGCGUCAAGAUCCCUCAGCUACCUGAGGGAGCAAAGAUACCUCGAGCAGCCUGCGUCAGGACCUACGAAGUCCGUGACUCCCAAGGAGUAGUAUGGGUCUGGAUGUCUGACAAGAACCCCCCCAACCUCACCAAGCUCCCAUGGUUUGAACACUAUGCCAAGCCAAACUUCCAGGACACAUCAACAAUCCAUGAGCUCCCCUAUGACCACUCAAUCCUCCUUGAAAACCUCAUGGAUCCCGCACACGUCCCCAUCUCCCACGACCGCACUGACUGGACUGCGAAGCGUGAGGAUGCGCAGCCGUUGGUCAUGACAGUCAAAGAGAGAUCAAUGCGAGGCUUUGCAGGGCAAUGGGGCCGAUCGAAGAAUCCGGCAUUCAUGAACUCUCUCAGCUUCCAGGCCCCAUGUGUGCUUCAGAACAAUCUCCAGUUUGUGGAUAAGAAAGGAGUUACUCAGUACUUCUCAGCACUAUUCCUCUGCAGACCAGCAGGUCAAGGGAAGUCUAUGCUGAUUGUGAGGUUUGGAGCCAGUUCAAGGCCUCUACUUUACAAUAUCAUACCAAAUUGGUAUUACCAUCAGAAUGCCUGCAAGGUUUUUGAACAGGACAUGGGAUUCCUCUCCUCACAGAAUGAGGUUCUUAUAAGAGAGAAGGUGCCAACUAAGGAGCUGUAUUUGAAUUUGAAGUUUUCUGAUACGUGGGUUAUGGAAUACAGGAAGUGGAUGGAUAGAGUGGGGACUGGCAUGCCUUACUAUAUUGGACAUGAGACGGUAUCGAUGCCGGCAGAGGCUGCGGUGGUGGAGCAGGCGCCUGUGGGAGCUGCGGCGGCUAUUUCAGCUUCAAUGCCGGCGAAAGGAGGGAUCGGAGAGCUGUAUGCGCCGAACCCGACGAACAGAUACUACCGGCAUGUCAUUCACUGCAAGGGGUGUAGGAUUGUUGUGAGGAGGCUUGAGAUUUUGAAGAAUGUGAUGAGGCUGUUGAGCAUGGCUGCUGUUACAGCUGCGAUUCUCACUGCCCAAAGGCAAUGGAAGGUGGCGAUGUUGGCUCUCGCCAUUGUUUUGGUUGGAGCAGCUCAGCUUUGUUCGAGUGCUUUUGCUCUCAUUACCAGGAAUUUUAUCAGGGAUCAUAGGAGGCUGUGAAAGGAACUUCUUUUAUUUUCUUUCCUUUCUUCUUUUUUGUGUUUUUGGGAUGAUUAAGUUAGUUAUAAUCGUUAAUUGUAGCCUUUUUUUAGCUAAUGCCUACAUAUAAUUCGUGCAGCAAUUUUCGUGUUAAAUCUUGUAUGCGCGCUUGUAUCCAAACCAUACGUUUCUCUUCUUGUCCAGCCAUGAAGAGAUAUGUUGUCCUCCUUCUCUUCAUAAUUUUCAGCAUCAUCCUUCUUGGCCA